AUGUCACGGACACUCGUGGCUGGUGCGCGACGUUGUAUCCGCACUAUGUCCGCUGUCACGACUCAAAAGCCGGAGGUGGUGUUUAUCUUAGGCGGUCCGGGUGCCGGCAAAGGUACGCUCUGCCGCUACAUUGUUAAGCAUUAUGAUUAUGUUCAUCUGUCUGCCGGUGAUCUGUUGCGUGAGGAACGUGCCAAACUCUGUUCGGAAUAUGGUGAGCUCAUCGAAACACAUAUCAGAAACGGUACGAUCGUCCCUGUGGAGAUCACCUGUAGCCUCAUCGAUCGUGCCAUGCAGACUUCCAAGAAUCCGCAUCACCGAUUUCUCAUCGACGGUUUCCCCAGAAAUCAAGAUAAUCUUGACGGUUGGAAUAAGGUAAUGGCUGAAAAAGUUAUCCUGAAAGGCGUAAUAUUCUGUGAGUGCAGUGAAGAAGUUUGUACUCAGCGCUGCUUGAACCGUGGUGCCAGUGGAAGCGGGCGUAGCGACGAUAAUGAGCAGUCUUUGGUCUUGCGUCAUCAAACUUACCUGAAAAACACUUUACCAAUCAUAGAAAUGUAUGAACAGCAAGGUUUAGUUUAUAAAGUUAAUUCUAUGAAAUCACCGGAAGAGGUUUUUCAGGAUGUUGCAGAAUUCUUUCCUAAGAUAGGAUGGUAAUAUAAUAGAAUGGUUUUAAUAAUUCUUUUUUUAACAAGUCAAAUAUUUUUGGCGCAAUAAUUUACUUCUAUUUUGUAGUGUAGACACUUUUAUAUGGGAUAGCAGUUAUAUUUUAGUCUUUUUUUAAUUUAUGGAAUGGUACAGGUUUUUACCUAAUUUUAUUACUGGUGUCAGUAUUUUACCUCAAUUUUUGCAAUACGUUGCAGCUUGUAUACUGCUAAAAACAUUUCUUCACAAAUGUACAAUAGUACAAUGCGAAUGGAUAAUGAUGUCACAAUUGGAAUUCGAAAUCUAUAAAUAAUCUACCAAAAUUGGUAAUAGUGA